AUGGGGAUUUCAUCUUGUUGCUUGAAGUCUACUAUAAAGAUUGUAUGGACUGUUGUCGUGUCUACCAUUUUCUAUAUAGCAAGUGUUUUGAAAAGCUCGCCUAGGCGCUCGCCUAGGCGAGAAGCGAGGCGAGGCGAGCUUAUCUCGCCUGGAGGACCCCAGGCGAAGCGAACGUGA